AUGCUCCCCAAUGGCACCUGCCCCAGGCUCCCGGGCGGUGCAGGUGGAGGCAGCGGCAGUAGCGGCGGCGCGAGCGGAGGAAGCUGCUGUAGUAGCGGGGUCCUGGGGGAGGCAGCGGCGGGGGGCAUGGAGGCGGGCGGCAGGAACUCCUCCGGCGCCCCGAACGGCACCCUGAGCGACUCGCAGGGCAGCGCCAUCCUCAUCUCCUUCAUCUACUCCGUGGUGUGCCUGGUGGGGCUGUGCGGCAACUCCAUGGUCAUCUACGUGAUCCUGCGCUACGCCAAGAUGAAGACGGCCACCAACAUCUACAUCCUCAACCUGGCCAUCGCCGACGAGCUGCUGAUGCUCAGCGUGCCCUUCCUGGUCACCUCCACCCUACUGCGCCACUGGCCCUUCGGCUCGCUGCUCUGCCGCCUGGUGCUCAGCGUGGACGCCAUCAACAUGUUCACCAGCAUCUACUGCCUGACGGUGCUCAGCGUGGACCGCUACAUCGCCGUGGUGCACCCUAUCAAGGCGGCCCGCUACCGCCGGCCCAGCGUGGCCAAGAUGGUCAACCUGGGCGUCUGGGUGCUCUCCAUCCUCAUCAUCCUGCCCAUUAUCAUCUUCUCCAGUACGGCGCCCAACAGCGACGGCACGGUGGCGUGCAACAUGCUCAUGCCCGAGCCCACCCACCGGUGGCUGGUGGUCUUCGUGGUCUACACCUUCCUGAUGGGCUUCCUGCUGCCCGUGGUGGCCAUCUGCCUCUGCUACAUCCUCAUCAUCGCCAAGAUGCGCAUGGUGGCGCUCAAGGCCGGCUGGCAGCAGCGCAAGCGCUCGGAGCGGAAGAUCACCCUCAUGGUCAUGAUGGUGGUGAUGGUCUUCGUCAUCUGCUGGAUGCCCUUCUACAUCGUGCAGCUGGUCAACGUCUUCGUGGAGCAGGACGACGCUACCAUCAGCCAGCUCUCCGUCAUCUUGGGCUACGCCAACAGCUGCGCCAACCCUAUCCUCUACGGCUUCCUCUCGGACAACUUCAAGAGGUCCUUCCAGCGGCUCUUGUGCCUCAGCUGGAUGGACAACGCCACGGAGGAGCCCGUCGAUUACUACGCCACCGCCCUGAAGAGCAGGGCCUACAGCGUGGAGGACUUUCCCCCCGACAACUUGGAGUCGGGGAGCAUGUACAGGAACGGCACUUGCACCUCCAGGAUUACCACCCUCUGAGGAAGAGCGCAGCAGCCUCCCGCCGCCCCCCAGGCGCAGGGCAGCCGGGAGCUGGGGACUGCGGGUGGGUAGGGUGGGGGUGGGGGUUUAUUAUUCUGUUUGGAAACAACAGAGUUGGGCACGAAAAGGAACAACAAGUGUUCCCUGGCCUUCUACCCCUCACCCCACCCCCUCUGUAUUUCAAUUGCGUUGUGUUUGCUGAUGCUACUACACCUCUAGUCAAUUAUUAACUGCGCGCCCCUCAGGUGGACUUUAGGUUCCUCAAUCUGUUGCUUCCUCCCGUUGUGUUUGAUCAGCGUGUGUGUGGGUCAGUGAGGUCUCCUGUUGACUUUCUCUGUUUCUUUUUGUACUUGUCUUCUCCCCCCCGCCCCACUCCCCUUUGAUUCACUUGCCAUUGUGGUAGCACAUCGAUGUGCUGCUCUUUUCAUGGUCGUGUUGCUUGGUGUCUAAUUGUUCCACCCCUUUGGAAGGUACACUGUUGACUGCAGACUUUGCCCCUUGGCAGCCAUAAAACACGAGGCGAUGUUCUGUCAAAAGCUAGGAAAUCGCUCAGUUUACUGCCACAAUUUAACUCAGUCCCUCCUAGCUGAAACCAACACUGACCGGAAAAGGAGACAGGAUUCCUGUUCACAGUAGAACUAGAAAAGGUCCGUUUCCCCUAGCUGCAGGGAAAGAGCAGACAAACCUUCAUACCUCACAAGGGAGAGAAAAGCUCUUAUAAAAGGGACAGGCAAGCUCAAGAAAUCAUAUUUCAGAUAGAACAGAACUUCAGUUCUCUCUUUCUCUCCGGUAAGAAUGUGAAAAGAUAAGGGGAGGGGGGAGAGAGAGAGAGUUGGGGGACGCAAACCACUAGAACUGAGCUUCAUUCAGAUAUGGCAUUCAGUGGCACUCAAGGGGAAAUGGCAAUCCCUAUGGAAAUGGCAACGAAAACCCUUCCUAAGAAAGAAAUGCGAUUAUUUCAUUAUCUCAGGGCUGCCCAGCAGGCUUCUGAUAAGAGAGAGAUAUAUACCGCCCCGUGACUCGCAUGGAGCAGGGUAUUGGACGGGAAGGUGUGCGAAUAAUGAAGUUUAAUAAAGGGAGCACUAGACUGUGAAGCUAUUGUCCUGUGCGUGUUACACUCACCUGAAACAACCCUACAGGGAAUAAAAGAGAUGAAGGACAGUCGGUGUGGCCGCUUUUGCAGUUCGAACCACAUAGAAUAAGAAAGGUUUAUUGCCAAUCGUUCAUCAGGCUUUGAAAUACUUAUCAGUAACAUACACCUGUCUGUUUAAUAAUAGCUGUUACCUUCUCCCACUUUGCAUCGCUCCUAAACUGAAAGGGGUUUAUAUAUCAACAGUGUAAGCUACAUUCCCGGUGCUUCAAUAUAUGUUUGAUUUUGAUUGUCUUUAUGUGUAUGCUUAAUAUGUUGUUUGAUUUCAGGAAUUUUUUUGUUAUUGUGUCAUGAAAAUGUUCUCUUUGAAGCAGUUUAUUCUAUGUACUGAAGUCUUGGCGGCCACAUACAAGGGGGUGGAUUUUAAAAGGGUGCAUUUUAAAAGGGUGAUGUUCAAGAAGGCUUCUCCUGGAAAAAAAGAUUAUAACCUUUUUCUAGGCCUUCUUUUUCCAUUGUUUCCCCUCACCAAUUCUUUUUCCUGUCUCUUCUCACCUUGAUCAUGCACAUUUCAGAACUGAGAAUAUUUUUCUGAUAGAAAAACAGUGCUUUCCUAUUGGAUAAAUGAUGGUGGAAAGCAAAAUCUAACAUUUGUUCCCCCUUUAAAGAUUAUCCCAGCCUAGACAUAUCAGUAAGAUUACGGUGACACAUGCAAUUCUGCUUAAUGUUCUUUAUUGCAUUCCUUAAAACAGAAUUAAUGUCAGAGACAGUGGGCUAGCACACUUUUACCAAAUCAUGUGUCCAGCACAACACUGUGAAUUAUAGGAAUAACUACUGGAUAUAGGAAGCAAAAGGAUAAAACCCUAAAACACCUGUAAACGCUGCCUACUAAUUGCUGUAUUACUUGUUGAAUCCAAAUAGAGUUAAUACUUAACUUACUAAUGUGUCUAGCUCUUUGGGGGGCUCAGUAUGGUUCCUUGAUGAACUGUAGCAUGAACUUUUCUUAGGAGCAAAAAGCAUCAGGUCAUUUUGCAAAUCUCUCCCACCAAAACAUCAGAUAUUGUCGAAUGUAUAAAUUCUAGUAUCUCAGCAAGGAGCUGAUCCAUAGUCCAUUGGAGUGAAUGGAAACUUUCCAACUGACUUCAGCGAGGUUUGGCUCAUCCCCUUUUGGUUUAAAAAAUAAUUGCUAAUAUGGAUGUUGUUACAUCCCUAUUAAAACAUUUUGUGAAAUGCUUUAAAAUCUGUAUAAUUUUAUUCCAUGUUACUUUUCAGGGGACCACUCAUUUAAAAAGGACCUUUAAAUAAUUUUAAAGGUAAUUGCUAAUUUUAUCUUCAUUUAUAGUUU